AUGGAAGCAAUGGCAAAAUUAAUUGGUUAUAACCAUAUUUUUUCAAGUGUUUACCAUCCACAGACUAAUGGAAUGGUUGAACGUUUCAAUGCAACAUUUGUUCCCCAAAUUGCAAAACUUCAAGAUCGUGAAAAUAACAAUUGGGACGAAUUUUUAUUACCAGUAGUAUUCGCUUACAAUACUGGAAUUCAUGCAACAACUGGUUAUUCACCAUUUCAAUUACAAUAUGGCUGUGAUCCACAUUUACCUACAGAUGAACCUUCAACAUCGUUCACCUUUAACAAACCGCAAGAUUAUUAUGAACAAUUAAAAAAGAAUCUACUGAUAUUCCAACGACAAACACGUGAUAAUGUUAAUAGCCGACAACAACGAUACAAGCAUCGCUAUGAUAAACAACGUGCAGAUCCACAUUAUGAAAUUAAUGAUUUAGUAUUGAUUAAAAUUCAUGGAACAAAAACGAAAUUAGAUCCAAAAUAUUCAAUUACAUCUAAAGUGAUUAUUAAAAAACACCAUCCAAUUUAUUGGGUUAAAGAUGAAGAUACGCAGGUCGAAUCGAGAGUGCAUGUCAGUGAUAUUCGACCUAUAUUCAUUUCCAAAACAAUAUAA